UAGUGACAUUGCUUGGUCAUUCGAUUAAUUUAACAAUCGUAUCGUUUAUUUUUUUCGUUUUCAGUCAGUGAGCUUCAAUUCAUCGUGGACUACGUGUUCACACAGGACGUCAUUGACUCGUCACGCGACCAGAUCUUUGUCAUGCACGUCACGUCGCAGAACUUUGGGCUUCUGGCUGAGGCGUUCAUCCACUACCUGCUAUGCGGAUUCGUUCAAACAAUCAGCACACAUCGUGUAUUCCGCCACGACCAAUUCGUCGAAUUUUUCUUUUCCUACUUGAGCAAGCGAGGAGACCGAGAGAAGAUCAUACUUGCCGUGGAUGCUAAAGUGACAGAAAGUGACGGCAAAAGAAAUGUUGGGGUACUUCUUUGUGCAAUUGAUCAAAAGAAGCCUAACGCAUUGUUGGUUCGAGCUAUACUGAGCACAGGAAUACACGGUCAAACUACGGGUGAGUGGGUCGGGUCGGAGCUGAUAAGCGCCCUCAGUGCGGCGGUGUCGAGGGGCAGCCACGAGAUUUACCUGAUGUUGCUGGAGGCGGGGGUGAAGCUGCAGGGGGUCUUCAUGAUGGACAGCAAGUACCUCACAUGUCUGCCCAUCGUCACAGACAUGAUACAGCGUCAUCGAUGGAGUCAAGAGCACAAGGACGUGGCGCUUGUUCGGGCUGCGAGAAAUCCAGAGAAAACCGGAACCGACGUGGUCAAACUUCUACUGGCAAACGGAGCUUCACCAAACUCUAUACGGGCAGGAACGACCGCCCUGUGUGAGGCAGUGAAGAUAGGAAAUAUGAAGUCGAUCCAACUGCUCUUGGCGGAAAAUGCUAAUCGUUCUUCGAGCGUCAAUGAGCGCGACAUGUCGGAAGGGACGCCGCUGCACCACGCAUGUGACUGGGGACACUUGGAAGUAGUGGAAUACUUGCUGAAAAAGGACGGCGAUGUGAACAUGACUGAUGAAAAUGGUUUCUCUCCAUUCCUGAUAGCGGCCGGCUGGGGACGGGAAGAUGUCAUGAAGGCUCUGCUCACAAGACCAGUAAACCCUCUUAUUGUUGACAAUCAGAAGAACAAUGUUCUGCACAUAUGUGGCGCCACAGGCCGCGAGGGAAUCAUCAACAUGUUACUGGAGAAGUUCCCAGACGAGAUGCAGAGGUUGGUGAUGUUACGCAAUUCCUAUGGUUGGACUCCGAUCGACUUCAGUUAUCGCUGUGGACACUACAAAACAACCAAAGUAUUGGUAAAACAGAUCUUAAAACUGUCCACACCAAGGAGUCUGCACAGUUUGUCGGAUCCGCAAACAUUCGUUCAUACGAGAUUUAGUGUAGUAAGAAAAGAAUUUUUCAAUUUUCAGGAGCGAAACCUUUGUCGAUUCAUCGACGAGAAUUCGGAUAUGCCAAUAUUUCGGAUACCGCGGUGCAAGUGGCAUAUCCAUUCGAGCGGAAAAGAUGAGUUUUAUAAAACAACAGAGUAUGUCAACAAGCAUGAAGAAAAACUACGUUGGUGUUUGGCUAAAAACUAAUCAUUAGUUUUAUGUACUGCCACAAAACAUUGAUAAUGCGUGUUGAUUUUCAUAUAAACAUGUUGAUUGUUAUUGUUUACCUUCAGGAUCACAUAUCACAUUAAGUACCAAUAUUGCAUAUUUAUAAAUAUAAUGUGAUUUUGAAAAAAUACGAGUUAGUCCUUAGCAUCAGAGUAAAGAUGACCAAAUACAAAAAAACGACAAGAAUAUGCCAUUAUCCAUCCGGUUCGAGACAGAUUCAAUCAAGUAAAGACAUUUGGAAAGAAAAGUCACCUGUCAGGAAAAAAAAAGGUUGCAAAAUAUAAAUGCUUCAAAUAAAUAUAGUGUUGUCUAGAUACAAAAGAAAACAUAGAUUCAUACAUAAGAUUAAGAAGAAGAUAAGUAAUGCUUAAU